AACCGUUCAUCAUGGCGAUCUGAGAAAAAUAAUUUUUGCUCAAAAAUAAAAUAAAUAUCAAAAGAUUUGUAAUUGCUGCGAAUGCAAAUUCGAUCUAGCGAAACAUCAGCAUAUGACAAACAGUAAGGCAAGCCAGUGGGCCAGCGAAAACCUACAAAAGUGUAUACAAACACAACGAACAAUAACAAAAGGAAGCAAGCGGGAGGUGGCAGUGGACUAACUUGCCCGGUAGUGGAGUGCGAAGCACACAGGACUGCAAAGUGGCGUCGCUACUGGAUAUCCGGGCUGGGGCAGCAGCGGCGUCCAUGUCCACGGGACACCAAGGGCGGACCACCAAGAACUACGACCGCACCACAGGCAGGAGAGCGCAGCAGCAGCAGCAGCCGGUGUGGUGUCGCCAACUGUGGCCUUAAGCAUGUAGUCUUGCAGUACAUAACCCGUUCUCUAAAAAGCACAAGACAUAAGGGAAAGGUAGCAAUCAAAGCGAAAACACACACAAAUCCAAUCAACACCAAUGAAAAAUGUCACAAAGAGGUAAGCGCGGUAAUCAGCAUCACCACCAGUCGCACCAUCCGCCGCCGCAGCAGCAGCUGCGCAAGGAUGUUGAGCCGCAGCCGCCGCCCACCAAACGGCGCAAAGGCAGGCCGCCCAACGGGGCUAACACGGCAGUAAUAGCUGCUGCCUCGGCGGUCGAGGUCAUUGAAGGGGGACCUGGAGCUGGCGCAACAGCUGUCGGAUUAGAGCGUCUUGCAGUUCUAAGCAACAGCAAGCAUGACCAAAAGGGGGGUCCAGAGCCCGAUGCCGGAGGAGGCGAGGGUAGAGCUACGGCGGGUGCCGGCAGCACUAGCAAACCCAAGUCAACGAAGCUGGCCAAGUCGGCGAGCAAGUGCAAGUCGCAGGGGGCGAGUUCGAGCAGCUCCUGGCAAGCACGAUCUGUGGCGGACAUUAAGAUGUCGAGCAUCUACAAUCGUAGCUCAACGGAAGCCCCGGCUGAACUUUACCGCAAGGAUCUCAUUAGCGCAAUGAAAUUGCCAGACUCUGAGCCGCUGGCAAACUACGAGUAUUUAAUAGUAACGGAUCAAUGGAAGCAGGAAUGGGAGAAGGGCGUGCAAGUGCCCGUCAAUCCCGACUCCCUUCCCGAGCCGUGUGUCUACGUUCUGCCUGAGCCUGUUGUGCCGCCUGCACACGACUUUAAGCUCCCGAAAAAUCGCUAUCUACGCAUUACCAAAGACGAGCACUACUCGCCGGAGCUGCAUUACCUGACAAAUGUCGUUGCCUUGGCGGAGAACACAUGUGCCUAUGACAUAGAUCCCAUUGACGACGCCUGGCUGCGACUUUACAACGGCGAUCGUGCCCAGUGUGGUGCUUUUCCCAUCAACGAGACGCAGUUUGAGCGCGUCAUUGAGGAACUAGAGGUUCGUUGCUGGGAACAGAUUCAAGUCAUACUUAAACAGGAAGAAGGCUUGGGUAUCGAAUUCGAUGAGAAUGUCAUCUGCGAUGUUUGCCGGUCGCCCGACUCCGAGGAGGCCAACGAAAUGGUAUUCUGUGAUAAUUGCAAUAUCUGUGUGCACCAGGCUUGUUACGGCAUUACAGCAAUUCCAUCAGGCCAAUGGCUAUGUCGCACUUGCUCAAUGGGCAUCAAACCAGACUGUGUGCUGUGCCCAAACAAGGGCGGCGCCAUGAAGUCCAAUAAAUCUGGUAAGCACUGGGCCCAUGUUUCCUGCGCCCUGUGGAUACCUGAGGUCAGCAUUGGUUGUGUGGACCGCAUGGAGCCCAUCACAAAAAUCUCAAGCAUUCCCCAGUCACGCUGGUCUCUGAUCUGUGUGCUCUGCCGCAAGCGAGUUGGCAGCUGCAUCCAGUGCUCAGUAAAACCCUGCAAAACGGCCUACCAUGUAACCUGCGCGUUCCAGCACGGUCUGGAAAUGCGUGCAAUCAUCGAGGAAGGUAAUGCUGAGGACGGUGUGAAACUGCGCUCCUAUUGCCAGAAGCACAGCAUGAGCAAGGGUAAGAAGGAGAAUGCUGGUGGUCAUGGUCAUGGCGGAGGCAGUGCCUCAGUCGCGAGCGCCAUGCACAAAGCAAACAGAUACGGCAAUGGCGCAGGCGGAGCUGUAGACGACGGCAGCAACGCGCAAGGGACGUCUGGAGAAGAUCCGCGCAGACGAAAAAAUCACCGAAAAACCGAACUUACCUCUGAGGAGCGAAACCAAGCUAGGGCUCAGCGACUUCAGGAAGUGGAGGCCGAGUUUGACAAGCACGUUAACGUUAAUGACAUUAGCUGCCAUCUCUUUGAUGUCGAUGACGAUGCUAUUGUUGCCAUAUACAACUACUGGAAGCUCAAGCGAAAGUCACGACACAACCGCGAACUAAUCCCGCCCAAGUCUGAGGACGUUGAGAUGAUAGCAAGGAAGCAAGAGCAGCAGGAUAUGGAGAAUCAUAAACUGGUGGUUCAUUUGCGUCAGGAUCUGGAGAGAGUUCGUAAUCUCUGCUAUAUGGUUAGCCGAAGAGAGAAGCUUUCGCGUUCCCUCUUCAAGCUACGUGAGCAGGUCUUUUACAAGCAGCUUGGUGUGCUAGACGAAAUGCGAUUAGAAAAGCAGCUGCCGCAUCAGGAGGAAAAGCAGCGGCCUGAAAUGGACCUGGACGCCGUCAUCUACGCCAAUGACGGUCCCACGUUGUAUGACCGCUUUUACAGUUCCGCUGGAGGACAAACUGUGCCGGCGCAGUACCAGGAUCUAAAUUACAUCCUCGAACAGCUGAUGGGCAAGCUGCACAGUGGUAAGCAGGGGCGUGGCCGUGCUUCUCAAUCUCCCAACAAACGAAAGCAGCCUGCCAAAGCGUCACCAAGCAAGAAACUCAACAAUGGCGCCCUUAGCUUCCGCACUGCAUCGCCUGAAAAGCCUGCGCCAGGAAGUAAAGUGGGAGCGACUGUCGCUAAGGUGCGGGGAUCCCCUCCUGGAAAGACUCCUGCAGGGAGGCGUGCCUCAAAGAGCAGCGCGGCGGCGGCGACGUCGACCCACAACAGAAAUCAAUCGCACUCAAAUAUCCGAAUUAGCGCGUCCUCCCAUUCGUCAAGCGGCAGUUCAUCAUCGGGUAAUUCCAGCUCGGCGAAUGGCAGCAGCAGUUCCGAAAGUUCCUCCGGAAGUGAAUCGGGAAGUGAGAGUAGAAGCUCUAGCGCAGCCAGCGGAGUCUCCAAGCGAAAGUCUGCCUCAGGAAGCCCACUCAAAAAGCAAAGUUACGCGCGCUCCGUUGAGCAGCGACAAAAACAGCGCCAGCGGCGCCAAAGUGAAGCUGCUACGGGUGCGACUGCGGCGUCUCCGGAUUCCAGAUCCGGGAGCAGCUCUAGCGAUGACGAAGACGAACGUAGUAGGGGCUGUCAAGAUCGUGACCGCGGAGCGAGACGUGGUCCAGUCCUCAGUAAACCAGUACCUAAUAAAAGCCAGACAACUAAGUCAAAACCUAACACGGAAACCGGCACUGGACAAGGGGCUGGUGCAUCAGCGAGAAGAAAGCUGUCCACGGCAACACGAGGUCUUGCCCAAAUGCACAAGGAUGCCGAGGAGAGCUUGUCGAGCGACGAAAGUGAAGAGUUGUUGCCUUUAAGACGCGAACCGCAGCGUGAAAACACAAGGACUUCUGGAUUGGUCUCGACUGGCUUGGCCACCAACCGAAAGAUGGGUCAGCACAUCUAUUCCGACUCUGAAAGCAGUUCCUCUGCCCAAGAAAAAGAUGCAGAGGAGCAGGCAACUGUGGAAAGCAACGUAAGUGACUCACAGAAUCAGCAGACAAUAAGGACGAAGGCAGCUUUGAAACAGUUUGUGCCAGGACACACCACCACAAGUGCCCCUACUCCUCAAGCGGCAUCCUCGGGUAACAAAGUGAAGUCCGUGAGGGAAGAAAAGGAUUUAAAGGAUGGAGGGACCAGUACCAGUAACAGCACAAAAUAUAAAACGAAUUCAAAUGCCAAGCUGCCAUAUCCAGCUGAUCUCCUGGUGGUGCCACAGCGUCAAGCAGCCAAGAAAGCAUCGGAGAACAUGCGGUCCACGAAUCUCGCCACGACGCUGCAGCCAGAUGUCUCUGAGAGAGUUAGAGAGCCGGAAACAAACUCAAAUCCAACGAGCGCUAAGAGCAAGCAUAAGGACUCGAGUUCUCGGGCAGGGCUAGAGACCAAUAAAUCUAGUUUAGAAAAAGUUCGACCAAAAGAGCAGCCCCAGAAGGCGGGUGGAAAGGCGUCCGAAAACGCUCCCGUGGAAAGAGGGAAGCGAGGGAGGCCACCAAAAGUGCCAAGGGAUACCCGCCAUCCCUCCACAUCCGAAAAAGAAAAGCCUGCGGCUCCAACGCCUUCCACAACUAAACCUCCAUCGGUCCCCAUUACUGCAGCCUCAACUAAAUCAAACUUUGCCGUAUCCCUGGUUCCCCAACGGCAAGCGGCUAAAAAGGCGGCGGAGCAGUUGAAAAGUAGCAAACCCGUGCAGGAAUCUUUCUCUAUUGGAAAUGACACCUCGCAAAAAGAAGCAGGAACGCCGGCAGCCGGACCUGGAACAGGAGCAGGUGUAUCAGUGAUCACCAUCCCAAUAAAGCCGACCAGACGAACUUCGCUUAAGGAAGCACAAAUAACUCCAAAGGAAAGCUUAAGUAGUAGAAGAAGGUCUAAAGAAGAUGCGUCCGUGUCGCCCAACAAGACAACCCCUGCAAUCAAGCAUCACGUAGCGGCCCCCAAUCUUUCAAGUUCUAGCUCCGGCGACAGCGACAGCUCGAGUUCUUCCAGCAGCUCGGAUAGCAGUUCCAGCAGCGGCGGCAGCGAUAGCGACAGCGAGUCUCAGGCCAGCGAUUUGGAAAAGCCAGCGAACAGAGAGCCCGUCCAAGCCACUGCUUCAGUCCCAUCAGUGUCCUCCAUUGUGCCAAAGCGUUCACCUCGCAAGUCUAUCGACAAGCCUUCAGCUUCAGCCGUCACUAUUGGAACAGCCCCACCUCAGCCUCCAGCUACCCGGUCCCGCCAGAACUCUACAACAAAAUCGCCAAAAAGAGCAAUUCAGAAACCUGGGGUGAGCGCGCAGGAAACUGUUCCAAAUGCUUCCAAAAUACAGUUGCAGCGUCGCCAGGGAUCUUUGGAUGAGAGUGCAAAGCAGGUCCAGUCGGAGCAAGCUACAAAGAGAGCGACACGUGGUUCCAAAUCGCGCCCUCCUUCGCCCGCAAUAAAAUCUUCACCAGAGAAAACAACACCCCGGCGUAAGUCUCGAGCGGAUGAUUCUCCCAAGAAAAUAGCAAACUUGGAGCACGAGAUUAACCAAAGGAAGGCUGCAAGCGGAAAGGCAACCAGUUCACUUGACAAGCUUCUAAAUAAAAAGCAGCAGCAGAUGAACUACUCUGUCCCAGCUACGCCACCUCAAAUGUCACCGACUCCUCCUGCUUCUAGCACACCUAUUGUGAAAAGUCAACAUGAACUCACAGAAGUCCCAGUCUCCCGAACCAACCAGGACACGGAUGUGCAGCCAGAGCUCGAGCCAGAGCCAGAUAACGCAGCAGAGGCUGGCGAGCUGCCAAUGGAUAUUGAUGAAGAGCUGACAACCGCACCAACGCGAACUCAACUCUCUGCAAACGCGAGUAAGCUGGCGGACAUUAUCGAUGAUGAGCGUCCCCCAGCUGCUCCGCUUCCUGCCUCGCCCACUCCCACUCCUACCUCUAAUGACGAGUUGUCCGAUGCCGGAAGUGAGCUCAGCGAUAGGCGGCGCAUGCGCUGGCGGUCCAGGCGCAGAAGAAGGAGGCGUAGCGACGAGCCUGACGAAGAGCACACCCAUCACACACAACACCUACUUAACGAAAUGGAAAUGGCCCGGGAAUUGGAGGAGGAACGUAAAAAUGAGCUGCUUGCUAAUGCAAGUAAGUACUCGGCUUCUACGUCCUCCCCAGCUGUCACGGUUAUUCCUCCCGAUCCACCGGAAAUUAUAGAGUUAGACUCGAACUCUGCGAAUUCUGGGGCAGAUCAGCAGCAGGUUCAGUCGCAGGAGCCAUCCUUGCCGCCACCGCUUGUGGUGCAGUCCAGUGCGGCUGGGGUGGUGCCAUCCGCUAUUCAACUUCUGCCUUCACACCAGCCUCUCAUCGAGCAAUUGCCAGUAGAGCACUUGCCACCAGUGUUGACAGAGCCCAUCGUUGACACAAUACUAGAGAUGGAGGACAGCAAAUUCGCCAACAACUUUGCGUCGAGCUUAGCCAGCGUGUUAAAUCCCCCCAAUCCAGGACAGAUGGGCCUUCUUGGAUCAACCAUUGAUAGUAGUAAGCAAAUCAGUGAAGAGGAUAAUAUCCAAGCAACCCGAAACCUAUUGGAGAAACUACGCAAAACUAAGCGCAAGCCACAGGAUGAUUGUUGUGCCAAGGAGGCAGUCGAUAUAUUGCCUCCAACUCCAGCCAUUCCAUCAGUGUUUCCUUUCCACAAUGCUGCGGAUCCAGAGGAUAUUAUCCACGUCCAAAAAGAACAACAACAGCAGCAGCAACAGCAGCAGCAACAGCAGCAGCAACAACAGCAGCAACAGCAGCAACCACAGAGUUGUAUUUAUGGCAAUUCAUCAGGACCCAACUCUGUGGCCUCAUUGACCAUUAAGGACUCGCCCAUGACUGCUAACAGUGGAAGCUAUGCGAACAGUCUUACUAGCACUCCAAACGCCACACCCACCAACGCAACAAUGAGCAAUCUUGGUCCCAGCAGUGUCUUCCAAGUCAACUUUCCGAAUUCCCAGCAAGCCCCAACUUUGAGUUUGUUUUUGGAAAAGUCUCCCCACCAAAAAGGAGCUUGUUCGUUAGCCAGCAAUGGCGGAGCUGGUGCUGGGCCACCCGGAGCCACUCCCGACUUUGUGGAUUUGGCAGCGGCAGCUGUCAAAAACACUCUCGGGAGCUUCCGCGGCGCAGUGGUGGUUCCGAGACAAUCCGGAACGGGAGGUACCAACAAGAUCAGCGACUACGAUGAAAACACUCGGAUGCAGUCACCGUUUGGAAGGAUUCCGUGGAAUGAAAAUGACCUAAUCGCGGAGAGACGGAGUAGCUCGCCCAGUUCAGUGUCGGAGUCCAAUGAUCCACCGCCACCAGCGGCCGCAGUGGCGGCAGCAGCAUCGGCAGCCCGCUCUCUCGCCCAGAUUGAAAGCUGUAAAAACUUCUUUAACAGCUAUUCCACUGGAAAUGGGACGCCUAGCGAUGCAAACGCCACGACGCCGUUUAACCAUGCUCCAAUGGUGAACGGUAUUGAUGCCAUACCAAUAUUCAACAAUACUGCGCCGCCGCAGCAUCAACAAUCAACGCCAACUCAACAGCAGCAGCAAAGAACUCCCAACAGCCAGUACAAUGGAGGUAUCUAUCCGCAAAUGGCAGCUAUGAUGCAUCCACAGACGACGCCGACGGAAACGUCUCCAAAUUUGUACGGAAAUGGCUCUGUUGGUGGUGUCGGUGUUGGUGUUGGUGUCGGUGUCGGUGUCGGUGUCGGUGUCGGUCCUGUGCAUCCAACGUCACUGCCUGCGUCGGUUCAGGCCAACCAGUACUCGGGGACACCUUAUUCCACAGCCAGCUUGGGAAUGCUGCCAGUACAACCACCUGCACUUUCUCCUGUUCCCGUUCAGACGACGGCAACGCCAAAUCACCAGUUUGCCCUGACUUCGCCAGUGGAUGGAAAGAUUCAGGCCUAUUCGGGUCAGAUGCUUAGUAGCUGUGCUGAAACCGCCGUGGCCUCAAUGAUGCCACCCACGCCUCCGGUGGCAGUCGCGACCAAGGAUUCGCCGAACAAAAGGAUAAGCAGCGUAACCGGUGGCAGUUCAUCUAAGAAACAAUCACACAAAUCUCCCCAGCUGCUCCAACGAAAAUCGCCCGGCAAGUCCCCUAGGCAGCCCUUGCAUCCACCAACUCCUCCAGCACCAGUUCCGCUAGUGGCCUUGCCUCCUACCAAAUACGACCCGCAAACGCACACCUUGCAGGGCAAGCCGCGUCAGCGUGCUCCGCGAGGUAGCGGCGGGUCUGGGGCGCACGGCAGGGGCAGAGGGCGUGGAAGGGGUCGGGGACGUGGGGCCGGAGCUACGACUGGCAUGACCAUGGUUCUGCCGCCGCCGAUGGCAGACUACGGAAGCAACACUCAUAUAGUUAACAAUUUAGUCGGAACGCCUUUUGAGUUCAACAACGAGUUCGACGACAUGGCAGGACCAGGCGUUGAAAAUCUGCAAUCGCUCAGAGACCGGCGAAGAAGCUUUGAGCUGCGAGCGCCACGAGGUCAGAGCAAGCCCGCAACUACUCCAAAUAACGCGACAGCCACAAAUCCCCUCCUGCAUCCAGUACUGCCGGGGCCUGUUGACAUGAGGACAUACAACCUUGGAUUUGAAGCACCCCAUAGUACGGCGUCCCAAGAGGCCUACCAGAACAAUCUGCUGGGGGCCUUUGACUCGGGGACGGCAGAUCAAACACUCAGUGAGUUUAACGAAGAGGACGAACGUCAGUUUCAGUCGGCCCUGAGAGCAACCGGCACAGGAACCUCUCCCAGCAAGCAGCCCCCAGCACAAACGACGCCUGUUGCAGCCCCUGCUACCCCCGUGCUGCCACCUGCCGCGAGCCUUCUUCUUCACUCCACAGAAGCUAACCAAAUGGCGCCCAGUGCUAUUGUCACAGGUGCUGCAACUCACUUGGUAGAAGGCUCGCUGGUAGAGGCUUCUAUGGAGGCAACUUCUGAGGAGGUCUCGAUCGACUCGGACAGCACUAUACUGCACACGAAGACCUCAAUAUCCGACGCCCGAAGUCAGCUGAAACUCAAGAUCAAAAGCCCGUUAACCUUUCCGGAGCAUUAUAACUCAAUGACGAACAGCAGUAGUAAGACUUUGUCCAGUACCUUGGUACAGUCCUCCAACGCUGUGUCUGCCGUGUCCACCUCAACGGUGGUGAGCGCGUCAUCCGCUGUAAGCGGCAACUCGCGUCGCAUGCGUAAGAAAGAACUACUCAGUCUCUAUGUGGUGCAAAAGGACAACCACAAUGACGACAGUUCAUGUGGCCUACCAGCCGCUUCCGACAACCUUCCUCUGGAAAACAUACUGCGAAAGUCGGAGGAGGAGGAUGAACUCUCUGGAGCCAAUGGGUCGAAAAGGUUCAAAAAGAACUCGAGUAGCAGGGAACUGCGUGCUCUUGAUGCAAACAUGUCCCUGGUAGAGGAACAGAUGCUCUCUGGAGCUUCGGGCACGGCAGCGGGAAUAUCAUCUGGCGACGGCAGACGGCGCAGCGCUUGCAGCUCUGGCAGCAACAACGACAAUAACGGCAAGACGGGAGCUGCAAGCAGUGCAGGUAAGCGCCGAGGGAGAAGCAAGACUCUUGAAAGCAGCGAGGAUGACCACCAGGCCCCUAAGCUGAAGAUCAAAAUCAGGGGAUUGUCUGCAAACGAGACAACCUCAAGUGCCUCCAAUGCUGGCGAGGGGCAGAGCUACAGCUAUGAGAUGACCCGAAGGGCUUGUCCUCCCAAAAAGCGUUUGACAAGCAACUACAGCACUCUCACGCUGGAGGAAAUCAAGAGGGACUCCAUGAACUACCGCAAAAAAGUUAUGCAGGACUUUGACAAGGGGGAAGACAACAAUAAGAGGGAGGGACUAGUUCAAGCCGGAGAGUCUCUCAUAAUGCCCCAGCCUCCAAGCAAGCGGCCCAAAUCCUCUAAGCCCAAGAAGGAUAAAAAGGAGAAAAAAAGGCAAAAACACCAACAGCUUAUUCUGAGCAGCAGUACAGCUACCAUGACUACUACCCUAAUUGAGAACACGGCAAGCGCAUCUCCAGGGGAUAAGCCCAAGCUUAUCCUGCGUUUUGGCAAACGAAAGGCGGAGACUACGACAAAGAUGGCUUGCUUUGAGCAGCCUCCUGCGGUGGAGGCACCAGCACCGCUGCGUUUCAAAAUAGCUAGAAACUCUACUGGAGGUGGCUAUAUAAUAGGCACAAAGGCCGAUAAGCAGGAAGAGCCUUCGCCGGAGAAUACGUCUCCGGUUACAGAGCUACCGCUGGUAGCGCCGCUCGGAGAGACUUCUCCUCAGGCUCUGCUGCUCAAUAGUUUUACGCCGCACUCCCAGAACGCUAACGCGUCGCCAGCCCUGCUUGGCAAGGACACAGGCACCCCAUCGCCGCCCUGCCUGGUGAUAGACUCUAGCAAGAGUGCCGAUGUGCACGACUCCACAUCCCUACCCGAAAGCGGUGUCGCUGCCAUGGGCGUGACGGCCUCCCUCGUGGGCGCCACCACACCUCUGUGCGUCAACGUCGGAAGUUACGACAACAGCAACAAUUCACUGCCCUCUGCCAGUGGCACUGGAUCGGCUUCCAGCAACUCUUGCAACAGCAACUCGAACAACAACAACAACGGUAGUGGAGGAGGACGUGCCAGCGGGGGAGGCAGUUUACUUCCAUUGAAAAAAGACUGUGAGGUUAGAUGAUAAUCGUAGAUCGCGAGUGUGCCGCUUAUACGCGUUCCUGUCACUUCGUUCAUUUUAGCUUUUGGAUUUUACCUCCCUUUGUGAUUAAUUCCUUUUCUCUUCUUUUCUCGCCCAUUUUCAAAUGUUAGUUUCUUUUGUAAAUGAUCGAACAUAUAUCCCAAACGAACUUUUUAUUGUACAGUUAGUUUGUAAAUCCCUUUUCCUUUUUUUUUUGUGUCUAACUGGUUUGUUGUAAUCGCAUAUGCGUAAACAAGAUAUUAUCUCUUUACCUAUAAUAUAUAAUUGAUUAAUAUGCAUAUAGCAUAUUCUGCGAGAUACAAAACAAAAAUUGUACAUUUUUAGGGAUGCAGAUUAUAUGACUAAGAUUUUGUAAAUUACUGUAUUAAAGUUAUAAAAGAUACAAGAACGCAGACAUAGUCGUCUAGCUUAAAAAAUCCAAAAAUGCUCUCGGUUUAGGUUUAUAAAUGCCUCCAUUCACCCAUAAAUCCUUCCACACCUCCUACUCAGUAAAAAUGAUUGAUAAACGAAGCAUAUAUAUUCUAAACUUAUUUAUUAAUAAUUAUUUAAUAAAAUGCGUAAAAUAAUCGUAAAA